AUUUAAAUUGUGAAAGAUUCCCGGGAAAAGGUUUUAAAAGUUGUUCGUGGAUGUUUAGUUGCAUAAGCUUCUUAUAGAUUACUCAGAUCGAGAAAGAAGAAUCUCACCAAUGUAUUUCCCAACACUACUAUUUUUGACCGUGCAAACAAUACAUCUCACCCUCGUUCACGGUCUCAGUACAUCUUCCUCCUCCUCUUCCUCCUUCUCCCCAACAACAACCUCGCUUUCCCCAACCACCAAACCAUACCCCAGCGACCCCAACUCCCCCACAACCCAUCCCCUCACCAACACCCUCGCCCUUACACCCCCCAUGGGCUGGAGCACCUGGAACCAAUUCGGGCCCCUCAUAACCUCAUCUCUCAUCCAAAGCACCAUAGACAGCAUGCUGCACAACGGACUCCAAGCCACCGGAUACAUAUACAUCAACCUCGACGACGGCUGGCAACGCUACAAAGGUCCUCGCUCAUCCUAUCCCCUCGAAGUCGAUCCUGUAAAAUUUCCAAACGGCAUAAAAGCACUAGCGGACUAUGCGCACGAACGAGGGUUUAAAUUGGGUAUUUAUUCCGGUCCUGGUGAUGUGACGUGUGCGGGGUAUACGGGGAGUUUGGGGCAUGAGGAGGAGGAUGCGAGGAUGUUUGCUGAGUGGGGAGUUGAUCAUUUGAAAUAUGAUAGGUAAGUUUUCUAGGCGUCAUUUUGAUGGGGUGUUUCUGAUUCUAAUUUCUUCUAAUUAGUUGUUGUUCUCAUGGUGAUGCGCCGAAAUCAGUAGUACAGGAAAUUGUGCUGAAAAUGUCAAAAGCUUUACUGGCUAGUGGUCGUCCAAUCGUAUACCAUGCGUGUCAUUGUGGUUGGGCUGAUAUCUGGGAAUGGGCCGCGGAUGAGGGAGCGAAUCAAUGGAGAAUUGGACAGGAUAUCUCUGACGAUUUCAAUUAUCCUGGAAAUAGGGAAAAGUACUAUUUCGACGUAUUAGAUAUGAUUGAUCGAGGGAAUGACUUAGUGCAAUAUUCCGGGCCCGGUCAUUGGAAUGAUUAUGAUAUGCUAAUUAUCGGUCUCAAUGGAAAUUCUACUCAACUGGUCGGAACUGGUGCUUCGAAUAUUGAGUAUCGUACUCAUUUCAGUAUGUGGGCUAUGGUUGCCUCUCCUCUGCUUAUUGGCUCCGAUAUACGCACACUGGAUACAUAUGAUCUUCAAACCCUCACAAAUAAAGAGAUUAUCGAAAUAAACCAAGAUCCACUUGGAAUAUCGGCUCAAAGAGUUGGCGUGGGUUAUGAAGCUGAUGGUGAUCUUCAAGUAUAUGCGAAAGAAAUGUCGGAUGGGAGUUAUGCCGUCGCAUUACUCAAUCGAGGAAGUUUCACUGCGGAAAUGAGCUUGAGUCCUCGUCGGGAUCUUCUUAUGACUUGGGAUCAUUAUCGAAUUCGUGAUUUGUGGAAACAUAAGGAGGGUCUUUAUGAUAUUCCAUACACUGUGGAAGUAAUGCCUCAUGAAGCUAAGAUUUUAAGAGUUUGGGAAGUUCAAGCUAAUGCAUCAAUGUGCUUUUUCCAGUAAGAUUCUGAAAGGGCAAUUGGGACAAGUCGUAUAUUUGGUUGAUUUGUCAGGAUGAUUGUAGGCUGGUAUUGGGUACCUAGCUAACAAAGGAAUGAUCUAAUCCUGUUUUGACGACGAAUAUGCUGUUGUUGAUGGUGAUAUCGAGAUGUUGUUUCAAUUGUUUGGAUACGUCAAACAGUAAUGAUAAAAGUUGGAAAGAAAAGAGUAGAGCGUUUAGGAAGUAAAUUUCAACACCAUUAUCUUGA